CCCCUUCCCUCCCCCUGGGCUCUUCCAGCCCGGCUCGGACCAAUCGCGCCGGCUCCAACGUGUCCAGGUUGGCGGCCCCGGAGCUCGGCCGCCUGGAUGCCCAAGGCUAAAGCACCAGAGGGCCGGGAGCCGGGUGCCCCGAGUAGGGAGCCAAGUCCUAGGGUACGCCCGGGCCGCGGCCCUGAUGACUGAGCUCCAGCAAGAGGUGGAGGACGCCAAGCCCGCCAAAGUGCUCGGCAAGAGAGAAGGCAAAGUUGGCCCAGCCCACUUAGAGGCUGAGAAUGGUGUGGAGGAUAGGAAGAAGAUCAGCAAGUCGCCAACGGCCCAGUCCCCUACCUCGUCAGUGGAGGCCGAGUCCCCAGACCAGAAGAGAAGCAUUGGCCUGUGGUCAAAAUCCAGUUUUGAUGGUUCCACGUGGUCGGGUGAUAAGCAUGAGUGUAAAGCAGAAAGUAAGACUGAAAGAAAGAAAUCUUCGUCUUCCAGCCAGUACAAGGCGAACAUGCACUUUCAUAAGUUAUUUCUUGAUGUCCCGACUGAAGAGCCACUGAGGCAAAGCUUUACCUGUGCUCUCCAGAAAGAAAUUCUAUACCAAGGAAAGCUCUUCGUGUCGGAAAACUGGAUUUGUUUUCAUUCCAAAGUCUUUGGAAAAGACACUAAGAUCUCUAUCCCAGCUUUCUCCGUCACCCUGAUAAAGAAAACCAAAACCGCCCUUCUGGUGCCAAAUGCCCUGAUCAUAUCGACGGUCACAGACAGGUACAUAUUUGUCUCCUUACUCUCCAGAGACUCAACAUACAAACUGCUAAAAUCUGUGUGUGGACACUUGGAGAACACUAGUGUGGGUAACAGUCCCAACCCGUCUUCUGCUGAAAAUAGUUUCCGAGCAGAUCGCCCUUCAUCUCUGCCUCUGGAUUUCAACGAUGAAUUCUCAGACCUGGAUGGAGUGGUUCGACAACGGAGGCAAGACAUGGAAGGGUACAGCAGCUCCGGCUCGCAGACUCCGGAAUCCGAGAACUCCCGAGACUUCCACGUGACCGAGUCUCAGACGCUUCUGAAUGUCACCAAGGGUGAAACAAAACCACCUCGGACAGAUGCCCACGGGAACAGAGCCCCUGAUGGAAAAGCUAAGAGCCUGCCUGCGCAUGGUCAGUCAGAAACUAUUGGGAUUUUGCCUAAAGUCACGUCUCAGAAAUGUCCAGCUCUCCGCCAUAUUCUUAUAUUCUAUGCAAUUGUUGUCUGUGCACUGAUCGCCUCCACUUUCUACAUGAGAUACAGAAUUAACGCUCUGGAGGAGCGCCUGGGAUCCCUGACAUCCAUUGUGGAUCCCUACAGUACUGGGCAGACAGUCCCAUCGGGCCUGGGAUCACCAGUACAGUUAAAUGUGGAGGCCCUCUGCCAAGAACUUACAGCUAACAUAGUGAAAUUAGAAAAGAUACAAAACAACUUACAAAAGCUGCUUGAGAACGGUGACUGAGUGACCAGAUGCUGGGGCCAACAUAAUACCUCGUUUUCCCUUGAAGAAGGUGCUUCCCGAGAGAGUCUGCUGUGCGCCCCCUGCUGGCCAGAGGCGCAAGAGGCUGAGAAUCCAGAUGUGUUUGCACUUGGAGCUCUCCAGCUCAGGAAAGGGGGAAAGGGAAUGGUUUUGCUUUUGUGCAAUAAAAGUUGACCUUGUCUCUGCUGCUGCCUGAAGAAAACAGACCCAUCUCGGGAGGUGAGCAAGGUCCUGGAGGACACCUGUAGCUCGAGAGUUAUGGUGAUGGUCAGUACACACUGCACUCCAUGCUUUUCAGCCCUCCCCAGCCUCCUCUCGGCUCCCUUCGCCCAUCCCAACCAACCUUCAGACCUAAGGGUACGCCAUAUACCAACAAACUCAACAUGGCCCUUUAAAUUAGCCACGAGCCUCCAAGAAGGCAGUGAAUAUUUCCAGAUGAACAGGCUUGCUUCAGACACCUGCAUUUUGGUCUCUUUUUUUGUUUUUUGUUGGGUUUUUUUUCCCCCUUCUGUGCUUAUGU